UCAUGGAACGUUGAAUACCAGGUACACUCUCAUUUUUAGCUUGCAAUCGACUCUCGCAAAGUGCCAUGUCUGUUCGAGAUCUUAAGAAAUGCGAGAUCGAGAAGUGUGCAGCCUUUGUUGUAGGACCGGAAGAGCCGGGACCCCAGCCGAAAUGUUUGUACUGCGGACAAGAGAAAUUAGUCGGCACGUUUCGGCACUUGCAAGUGCGACCGCAAAUAAGAGAAACGGACAGGAAGAAGCGACACGCUGCAUGGCUGCGAGCGGGAAGCAAAUUCAGGUAUGAAACGACCUGCUCGUACGGGCAAAUUCGUUUCGUUGGUCCUGCAGCUGCAUCUCACGUGCACAAAAAGAAUGCAAAGUAUGUUCGUUUGGCUGACAACAGUGACUGCAAUACAGUCAUAAAAAUACUGAUCAAUGAGUGGGAAAUUCCUGAACCAAAAUUUGUUAUCAGUGUGACUGGAGGAGCAAGGACGUUUCGCUUUGACUCUCAACUGAAAGACGUGUUUGCAAGAGGUUUGAGGAAGAUGUGUCAAGACAGUGGUGCAUGGGUGAUGACAGGUGGCGAACACAGUGGUGUUAUGAAACUUGUUGGAAAGGCAUUGCUUAGCAAUGCCGGUACAGAGAGCUGUCAAUCAAUUACUUGUAUUGGCAUUUGCACUUGGGGACGUGUGUACAAUUUGACAAAGCUAAUAGGAGACCAUGAUCGUGAAAAGGAUACAGUUGAGUACAACUCAUCGGAAAAAACAGGAAAUUCGAAUGUUAAGUCACUAGAUCCGAACCAUUCAUACUUUUUGUUGGUUGAUGAUGGAACUAUGAGACUUGAGCGAACCCAUCAGGAGUGGCAUAGCGGAUUCAACCAAGCAAUCAGGAAAUAUAACUUUUCUCAUGAAAAUCGUGUACCCGUUGUGACUUGUUUACUCAACGGAGGACCAGACUCCCUCACGACUGUGAGACAGUCUCUGAAUCAGGAAAUACCAGUAAUCAUCAUCAAAGGCACUGGUCGGUGUGCAGAUGUAAUUGCAUUUGCCAUCAGCCGUGCAAAACGCCAAGUGCAGCCGUGUGGUCAGAAGUACGAAUUUACUUGGGCCGAUGAUGACUGGAGAGAUCUUGAAAACUACACAAAGGAAGUGUUUACUGAGAGUGAAUUCAAGGAGGCAGGAAACCAGACAUUUGUGACAGAAAUCACAUCUUUGGUGGAAGAAGGACUUCAAGCCAAAAACAAUGAACUUUUAAUCGUCUUCGAUCCACUGGACAGCUCCAUGAGUCCUUCUCUUCGUCAGCUGGACUAUGUCAUAUUGAUGCAAUUGUUUCGUUUGAGUCAUAAAAGAGAAAGAGCUCUGAAAGACUCUGUCAAACUAGCCAUGGUUUGGAAUCGUGCGGACAUUGUGCGUGAUGAGUUUCUAUCACAGGGCAUCAACACAGACACAGUGGAUCUUGAAUAUGCUGACUGGAAAGAAUUGUUGACUAAGGCGCUAGGAAAUGACGAUCAUUAUAGAUUUGUACAGUUAUUUUUAGAUGAGGGAGUCAUUGAUUUUGAGAAAUUUGUAGAAAACAGGUUGACAGAACUCACAGCUAAUUCUAUCUCUAAUUCUUCAUCUGAUUUGGCAAGUCAACAGCGCAUCUUGGGUGGCACCGAAUUAACAGACGUCGACACUACUACUGAUAGGAGUGUUUCUGACUUAUUUGGACAUUCUUUGAAAGCAAACAAGUGCCUCACCAGCGGCACCAAAAAGUUGUUCCUGUGGGCACUAUUGACACAACACUGGAAAUUGGCAGAAGUAUUCUGGACAGCUUGCAGGAAUCCGAUCGCAGCUGCCUUGGCAGCCAGUAUUAUUAUCAAGUCAACAGGUAGACUCUUGAAAGGUGGUGCUCUUCGUGUGCAGGCAUGGGAUACAUUGAAUGAGCAACAAGAAAUGUGGGCAGAACGAGCUGAGAAACUCAUGUCUGUAUGCUACAGUCAGGAUCCUAUUAUGACACAGAGCCUCAUCAUGAAACCUUCAGCAGAAUGGAGCUCUGUGUCUGCUGUGACACUGGCUUCAGAGGCUCGUAAUCUUAAGUUUGUUGCUCACGAGUGCGUUCAGACAAUUGUCAACGAGACUUGGACAGGAGACAUGGAAACAAUGACCUCAAGGAUAAAGAUAGUUUCAUGUGUGCUCCUUCCGCUUCUCAUACCUUUUCUCAUCAAGAAAAAGGACAAAAGCAGUGGUGGCAUCUCUUUUACUGCAUUCUACAGCAGUCCCAUUGUGAAGUUCUGGCUCUAUUUAUUGUUCUACGUUAUUUUUGUAUCCAUUUUCAGCUACAGUAUGCUUGUCCGGUGGCAACAGGGCGAAUGCACGUCAGCUGAUGGAUUGUCACUCGCUUGGGUGCUUUCAAUUUUUUAUGAAGAUUUACGUCAACUGUUUCAGUGGGUUUAUAUAGUUCGGAUAAAAACCAAAAUUCUGGUCUUAUCUUUACCCAGUCUUUCGGUCAUCACCAAAGUCUCUGCCUUUUUGCUCUACAUUGUUGGGUUUGGUUUGCGUUUUUUUAUGUCUCAUGACGAAGCUGACGGCUACCCGAUUGGAUUUCGAUGGGCACGAAUGUUGCUGAGCAUCUCUGUGUGUCUCUACUUUGCCAGGGGGAUGGAGUUGGCUCGUGUCAAUUCAACGAUGGGACCUCGACUGACAAUGAUCUACAAGAUGAUCAUUGAUGUGGUGUUGUUUGUGGGACUCUUGCUUGUUUGUUUGGUGGCAUACGGCAUUGCUUCGGAAAUGUUGCUGUUUCCUCACCAGGAAUGGUCUUUUGAUAUUCUCUUCAAGAUUUUUUACAUACCCUACUGGCAGAUAUAUGGACAUUUGUUCUUGGAAGAAUACAGUGGUGGUGUGGAAGGAACGUGCGUUAAACUGUCUUCCUUUGCGUCUCUAAAUCAGACAAUCCAAGUGCCAGACAACGUUUGCCCUGAGAAAGAACCUCUUGCUUUUAUUCUAUUGGCGUUCUACCUUGUCCUAACAAAUAUUCUGUUGCUCAACCUUCUCAUUGCCAUUUUCAACAACACUUUCAACAAAGUACAGUCUGAUGCAGAGUCAUUAUGGAAGUUCCAGUGGCUGGAAGUUGUCCAAUCUUUUGAAGACAGAACUUGCCUUCCACCCCCUUUCAACUUGCCUGAACUUAUCUUUCGAUUUGUAAUGUUUGUGCGGAGGAAAUCAAAGCUUGAUGAGAGUGACCAACCCGACGGCAGGCCGAAUGGGACGUUUGAUGCUUUUUGCAUGCAAAGAUAUUUGCUUGAAGCCGGAAGUGAGUCACGUGAUGACGCUUGAUGUCAUGUACAAGCACCAGAAUGACACAAUGAUUGGCUGGAGGGUGUAUUAUUGAUAUUCUAGACAUUACAUGAUAUACAGUCCGCAUCAAAACUAUUGGCACAUUUACGCUUAGAGGCGUGGCCAUGGGUAGCGUGAGCAGAAACGCAUCGUUUUCACGUGACGUACGUUUUCUAGAUAGAAAAGAAAUAUUGUAUAUGCUCGUAGGUUCGUUAGACUUUUGGAAACACACAAGUGCGCAUCA